AUGGGUGACCAAAAAAAAUAUUAUGUCGAGCUACUCCGAGCUUCGGAAGGCGCGUUACGCCGUUGGUCCCGGCUGCAUUUGCAGUCGUUAAUACCCUCCAAUCCGCAUUGGGCCAGCGUGGAGGGUCAUGUCCCAUCCUCCUUAACUCAGACCUUCCUUAUGGUAUGGAUAAUAAAGUUAACAGAACUUAUUACUUACCAUAGUAUGUCUAACCAUAUGUGUAUUAUAUGUUACCGCAUUCGAGAAACCUUUGUAGCAUUUCACACACUUGAAUGGACUAUUUUUAUAAUUCAAACUCUCUUUCCUAUUUUCUAUAUCCGCCAAUUGUUCUUUUAA